AUUAAAAGCAUUAAAAGAGAAAACAAAGUUGAAUAAUCAUAACCAUACAAUACAAGCUAUAUAGCCUAAGCUAAGGGAAUUGGGUGAAGAAUCAGAAAAUGGGGGCCGCUGAAUUUCUUCCCAAAGAGUACGGUUAUGUCCCUAUUGUUCUUGUUUCAUACUGCUUUCUCAAUUUCUGGAUGGGUUUUCAAGUCGGCAAAGCUCGAAAGAAAUAUAAGGUGCCGUACCCAACUCUCUAUGCCUCUGAAUCUAAUAACAAAGAGGCUAAUCUCUUCAAUUGUGUUCAAAGAGGUCACCAGAACUCUCUGGAAUUGAUGCCUGUGUAUUUCAUGUUAAUGAUUUUGGGAGGAAUAAAGCAUCCUUGUAUCUCCUCUGCUCUUGGAUCUCUCUAUAUAAUCACUCGUUUUUUCUACUUCAAAGGCUAUGCCACUGGUGACCCUAUGAAUCGCCUCAAGAUCGGCAAAUAUGGGUUCUUGGCUCUGUUUGGACUUAUGGUUUGCACUAUCUCAUUUGGGAUCUCUCUUUUGCUUUCCUAAACUCAUUAUCUCUUCUUUUUAUGUUUUAUUUUUCUUGUUUUUAUCUGAAUGGUUUGUUUUUGUUUGGGUCAGCAAUAAGAAAAGAAGGGAUUUUGUUUUCAUAGAAUAAAUUAAAAUUACCUGCUAAAAAUUAGUGGUCAUUCAGUUAUAGAUAAAAAUUACCUGUUUUUGAUCUGAGCCAUUUGUUUCUAGUGGGGGUGGUUAAUUAUGAAUGUUGCAUUAUUGGAUCAACAUAGUACAGAUACAGAUAUCAAUAAAUUCAUGUACUAAUAUUCAGCAAAAAAUAAAAAAUAAUAAAUUCAUUUACCAA